AUGCUUUCUGGGUGGGCUGUCGGGCGCUGGGAAAAAGCAUCGAGACUGCCGGGGAGCAAACUUAUGCUUGGCGCCGCUUCGUCCAGCAGCGGGUAUAAAAAAAGGUCCAAACGAAAAAAAGAGCAAAAAAGAUUGCUGCUCAGCCUCGAGGGUGAGCAGGUACGAAACCAGCCGGUGCUGGUUUUCUUCGACCGUGAGUGCACGGGUGAUCGAACUCGGGCUCUUUCGGAAGAGUGGGCUGCCCGUGCAGCCAGUACGCCACCUAGAAGGAAGAGAAGAUAUGUUAGUAUCUGUUGUGACUGCAACACGUCGAAGGGCAUAUAUAUGGCUUUGGGGGGGCAAUGCACCGCGAGGGCAGGCGCGUUGCGAGGAGCACGGGCCCGCCCUCGUCUGAUAUACCAGGCUCCCGCCAGACGACGGGCACCUGCCACCAGUUUGAUGUCCCGCCUGGGGUCUGCCGCACGGUCAGAGGCCAUAUGUACUCGCUGCCAGCUCGCGCAGCUCCAGAUCAGGUGUUGUGAUGUCGGGCAUCACCGCCCGCCCAGCCACGCCCACACUGGCUGCCCUGGCCGCAACCUCGUCAAGUCCCGUCAUCAUUUAGGAAACCAUCAAGCUUGA